CGUCUCUGUGUGUAUGUGUGUGUGUUUGUGUGUGUGUGUGAACUCCUUGAGCAUUCACGAGCGCCUCUAAUCACUGAUCUCCAAUCAAACACCAAACCCAGCUACGCAGAAACGCUGCAGAAAACGCAGAUAAUGGAAUACCGGUUUUCCGAAUCUAUGCCCAAAUGAACACUGAUGGAUUAAUUCGGGAAUAAUAUACACAUCCAUCGCACGAUUGCCAACUGUGGAACUUUGACUGAAUCAAUGCAAAAUGGCUUCAGAUAAUACACACCGUAGUUACUCAGUCAUACCAUGCUUCAUAUUUGUGGAGUUGGUGAUCAUGGCCGGGACGGUGCUGCUGGCGUACUACUUUGAAUGCACAGACACGUUUGGGAUCCAUAUCCAGGGUUUCUUCUGUAAUGACGCUGACCUGAUGAAGCCGUACCCCGGGGUGGAGGAGAGCAGCUUCAUCCCUCCUCUCUUCCUCUACUGCGUGGUGGCCGCAGCGCCCACAGCCAUCAUAUUUGUUGUGGAGAUUUCCAUGUAUAUCAUGAAGUCCACUAGAGAAGCCCUCAUAGCCCAGGAGAAAACCAUUGUGACGGGCGAGUGCUGCUAUCUAAACCCUCUCAUCCGCAGAAUCAUUAGGUUUAUUGGUGUCUUUGCGUUUGGCCUGUUUGCCACCGACAUCUUUGUCAAUGCCGGCCAGGUAGCGACUGGCAAUUUGGCGCCGUACUUCCUGAGCGUCUGUAAGCCAAAUUACACCGGCAUGGAUUGUCGCUUCAACCACCAGUUCAUCACCAAAGGAAACAUCUGCACUGGGAACCAGGUGAUGGUGGAGAGAGCCAGGAGGUCCUUCCCAUCCAAAGACGCUUCGCUCAGUGUCUACUCAGCCGUCUACGUUACUAUGUACAUCACGAGCACCAUCAGGACGAAAAGCAGUCGUCUGGCCAAGCCUGUACUUUGUCUGGGAAUCCUGUGCGCUGCUUUCCUCACUGGCCUGAACCGGGUGUCAGAAUACCGCAAUCACUGCUCAGACGUUAUUGCUGGAUUCAUUUUAGGAAGCGCCGUAGCUCUUUUUCUGGGAAUCUGUGUAGUGAACAACUUCAAAGGGAAUCCCUCCAUUCCUACCAAACAGAAGCAGGAAGAUUACCGCGGUCUUCCCUUGAUGACAUUCCCCCGUGUGGAAAGCCCUCUUGAGACGCUCAGCGCACAGAACCAUUCGGCGUCCAUGACUGAAGUCACAUGACUAAGGGGGCAGCACAGAGUUACGUUCGCUUCACCUCAACACUUCUAGGCACAAAAAGGUUUUUUUUUUUUUUUUGUACUGUGGCAUACUGUGAAAAAAAAGAAUAAAGACAGUAUUAUGUUGUAACUAGUUGUACCUAGAAGCAGCUGUUUUGUACAUUUUGUAUAAGAGAGUGCUGUAGCUUUUCCUCAUAAUGUCAACACUGCUUAAUUCAUGUCCAGAUGUCUGCCUUCUUUAUGUUAUACAUUACAAAAAGUAAAUAUAUACAGUCUAUAUAUAAUGUAAUUCAAAUAUUGAUGUUGUUAUGUGGUAUUACAAAAAAUAAUUAU